AUGGGUGCAUGCUGUAGUUGUUUAAGCGGACACGGCGGAGAUGGAAGUCAAAACCAACUUUUGUUAGCCGAGAAUGAAAGGGAGGCAAUAUCUGCAUUAUUGCAGUACUUGGAAAACAGGUCGGAUGUGGACUUUUUCAGUAAUGGGCCAUUGCGUGCUCUCAGUACAUUGGUGUACUCCGAGAAUAUCGACUUGCAAAGGAGUGCGGCGUUGGCGUUUGCUGAAAUUACCGAAAAGGAUGUCAGAGAGGUAAACAGGGACGUAUUGGAGCCUAUUUUGAUUCUACUUCAGUCCAACGAUUCAGAGGUGCAAAGAGCUGCUUGUGGUGCCUUGGGUAAUUUGGCAGUAAACACCGAAAAUAAGAUUCUUAUUGUUGAAAUGGGUGGAUUAGAACCAUUGAUUAGACAGAUGAUGUCAACAAACAUUGAAGUUCAGUGUAAUGCUGUGGGGUGUAUAACCAAUUUAGCCACGCAAGAUGAUAACAAAUCCAAAAUUGCCAAGAGCGGAGCAUUGAUACCCUUAACAAAGUUGGCCAAGCUGAAGGAUAUCAGAGUUCAACGGAAUGCGACUGGUGCACUUUUGAAUAUGACGCAUCUGGGUGAAAAUAGACAAGAGUUGGUGAAUGCUGGUGCAGUACCUGUAUUGGUGUCAUUGUUAUCCAAUGACGACGCUGAUGUCCAGUACUAUUGUACAACGGCAUUGUCCAACAUUGCUGUGGAUGAAGCCAAUCGAAGGAAAUUGGCAAACACUGAACCUAAACUUGUUAGUCAAUUGGUGAAUUUGAUGGAUAGUCCGUCACCCAGAGUCCAAUGCCAAGCUACAUUGGCUUUGCGAAACUUGGCUUCAGAUAGUGGAUAUCAAGUUGAGAUUGUAAGAGCUGGAGGUUUACCACAUUUGGUUCAUUUGUUGACCUGUAACCACCAGCCAUUAAUUCUUGCUGCUGUUGCUUGCAUUAGGAACAUUUCCAUCCACCCUUUGAACGAGGCUUUGAUUAUUGAAGCAGGUUUUUUAAAACCAUUGGUUGAUUUGUUAGAUUACACUGACUCGGAAGAGAUUCAAUGUCAUGCAGUAUCCACUUUGAGAAAUUUGGCAGCGUCUAGUGAGAAGAACAGAACUGCCUUGUUGGCAGCUGGCGCUGUUGAUAAAUGCAAGGAUUUGGUUCUUAAAGUGCCAUUAUCGGUGCAACUGGAGAUCAGUGCUUGUUUUGCAAUUUUGGCAUUGGCAGAUGACUUGAAACCAAAGUUGUAUGAAGCGCACAUUAUUGACGUCUUGAUCCCACUAACAUUUUCUGAGAAUGGGGAAGUGUGUGGAAACUCGGCUGCUGCCUUGGCCAAUUUGUGCUCAAGAGUGUCACCCGACCACAAGCAAUAUAUUUUAAACAACUGGCAACAUCCGAAUGAAGGUAUUCACGGAUUUUUGAUUAGAUUUUUGGAGCUGGGAAGCGCGACGUUUGAGCAUAUUGCCUUGUGGACUAUAUUGCAAUUGUUGGAAUGCAACAGCCCUGAAUUCAAUAGUUUUAUCAAGGAGGAUGAGGCAAUACUUACAGGUAUCAAGCAAAUGAGCAAUUCCCAACUGCAGUUGAAUCAAAACGACAGGAAUGGACAAGCCAAUCCUGAUGAUCAAUAUGAAGAUCCAAAAGUGGAAUUGUAUAACUUGACUCAACAGAUUCUACAAAUUUUAGGAUAG